CCAAUUAGGGGAGACGACAUUUAUGAUCAUGAGUAAUGUAUGUUGCGAUAGUUAUGUUUGGUGUCUUGUUCUACAAAUGCUACUGUUGAUCUCUUCAAUUUAUAAUACUUUUUAUUGAUGGGAUUCUUGAGUUUGUUUUUAAACGCAGGUAUCCAUUGAAUGGGCACAUUUGGUUAAGAUUUUGUUUUUUUUAUCUCACACAAAUGUCUAGCCACAACAGAAGUCAAAGUGAAAGCGCUUUCGAUAUUGAAGAACUAUUAGAUAUUGGAACAAGAUGUAGAGAGCUAAGAAAGGAGAAAGACAUGUUGAAAGAGUCGCAAUCACAAAGCUUUGAAUUAAUUAGGCGACUAGAAAAUCAUGUGACAUCAUUAUCGACAGGCCGUACAGAGGACAAGAAGCAUAUUGAAACAUUAGAGAAAGAGCUCAUGAACUUCUCUCAAGAAAUUGAUUACCUACAAGACCAUCUAAAUGCUAGAAACACUGAGGUAGAUUGUCUAGAAGAGCAUAUACGCUACCUUGAAUUUAAAUUAGCAGACAUGGAGACUUUACAGAAGAUAGUCGAGAGGUUAAGAGAGGAACUGAAGAGGUCCAGUUCAGAGUGCUUGUUCUUGAUUCAGGAACUAGAAAACAAAGAAGUGGAAUUACAUAAUUCAUCUUUGUGCAUAGAAAAUCUACGGGAGUUGGUUUCAUCUAUAACAUUAUACUCCCAGUGUGAAAGAGGGAGCAUGAAGCUAGAUAUUGUGGCCUUGGAGCAGAAUUACUUUGAAGCUGAGAAAGUACGGAAAGAAGCUCUCCAAGAAAAAGCUAUAACAACUCAGUUGAUCCGAGAGCUUGAGGGUCAAUUUCAAGAUGCUCAGAAAGUUAUUGAACACCUAGAAUGGGAAAAUAAAGAGCUACGGGAAAAGCUCAAGACAUUAGAUACAAAUUUUAGGACAUUUUCGCAAAAGCUUGAAAAGCGGUUUGCAAAGCAUGCUUCACAACUCAAUGUAAAACCAUUGUUUGAUGAACUAGAGAGCAAAUUCACUUUGUCAGAAGAAAUGAGCACUUGUGAAGAAAUCAUAAGCUCACUGGUUUCAAAGUUUGAAAUGCUUCUGGGGCCAAACAAAUAUAUUAUGGACAAAAUGCAAACAAUGGCAAAGCAAAUUGAAGAAUAUGAGCUUAUGGUGGAGCAGCUAAAGGUAUAAAUAUUUACAAAGUGGCAUUUAACACAAGGCAUCUAUAUUCAUGAUUUAGUGAGGUUUCAGUCACAUAUAAACUUUUCUAAGUUUUGAUGGUCUUUUUUGUCUUUGCACGAGUACCUUUAAACUAUUAUGCAUCAGGAAGAGUUGAGAGAAGAAAAGUUGAAAGCAAAAGAUGAAGCAGAGGAUUUAGCUCAAGAAAUGGCUGAACUUAGGCACCAUAUUACCGGCUUGUUAGAAGAAGAGCGUGAACUCCGUGCUUGCAUUGAACAGGCAUCUCUACAUAGAAUUGCUGAAUUAGAGGCACAGGUACUGGUAUUAGUUUACUGAUACACUGCAUCACAUGAGAUGAUUGCAUUUUUUUUUUCUAAAAUAUUGUGAUUCGUGUCAGGUUAAUAAAGUACAAGGAAGACCCUUGGAUGCAAUCAAACAUCUCGAUGGAGCAUAGGAGUCUGGUGAUAUUUCAAUGUGAGUGAAGUUUCAUGCCAAAUGUGAAGAAAUCAAUUGACAAAUUUUGGAGAACCUAUUCGAGCUGGUAUUUGUGAAGGUUUUUUGGAUUAUGCAUUAUAGAUUGCCAUAGUCACCUUGUACAUUCGAUGGGAUAGAAGUUAAUUUGCUGGAAUUAUAGCUGAGGGUUGGAGUAUCAAUGAGGGAAAGCUGACUGCUAGACAUGGAAUAUGCAGCAACAUACUACAGAAUGAAGGGGCUGUGAUAUUGGUUUUUAUAGCUUUAAGGUUCUUUUUUCUCUCUGAUUAAAUGUGUUGAUUGACCAAUUGAGUCGAUUUUUGAACAUUCACUUUUGAAGCAA